AUAGUUUGGCAGGGAUCAAGUCAUACACGAAGGAUGGCUGCAUCUAUCAGUGUCAGUCAAAUCACAGUAUGGAUAAAUGCGGAUGCCGAGGAAAUUAUGCUUUACCAGAUCUGCGGGGUUUGCUAGUGUGUUCCUUUCAAGACCGUCCAUGUCUUCAAAAAGCAAAAAAGGAGUUUAACCUGACAGAAUGUGACUGCAAUACUGCAUGCGAGCAGACGGUUUAUGAAUCACGUGUCUCAUAUUCCAAAUUUCCGGACAAUACGCUGUUAAGGAUAAUUGGACAAACUUAUAACUACAGCAAGGAAUACCUCAGUGAGAACUAUGUCUAUCUUCAAGUGGGAUUUCAGUAUUUGUCUUAUGAGAAACGAGAAAAUGUCCCUAGCCACACGGAUGAGAGCCUUUUUGGUGAGGCUGGAGGCAGCAUGGGUUUGUUCCUUGGGUGCAGUGUUCUGACCAUCUGUGAGUUCCUCGACUUUCUUUGGGAACUCCUGCUAUCCAAGAUAAGGCCACGUCCUGUGGCAGUAAACGCGGCGCCUGCAUAACCAGCGCAAUUGGUUGUCCCUCAACAGUUGUGAUGUCAGUUUAUGCAAAUUAACAUAACUGAAGAUAAGUGUGGCGUAUGGGUGAACAGCUAAUGGGAAAGGAGAGAUCACAGAAGAGUGUUUCAUUUCUUUUCUUUUUGUACAGUAUAGUAUUAACCAUGUAUAGUUGA